GGCCCCGAGAGCCGAGGGGGCCCGAGCGGCGGCUGCGGAGCCCGAGAGCCCGAGCGGGGCGCGGGCUGCUGCGGGGCCGGCGGCGGCGACCGCGGGAGAAGAUGGUGGCGCGGCGGGGAGCAGCGGCGGGAGCGCAGCUUUAUUUCCAGGCAGGGCGCCCGCGCUGUCGUUAGCGCCGGCCGCUCCCGCGGGCCCGCGGACCCAGCUGUCAGGCCAGCCAGGUAGAACAAAAUGAGCACUCAGUGAGCCGGCCGGCCCCUCUCCCAGCCGUCCCCGACGCCCACCAUGAACCAGUUGGAGGGGUCCGCGGAGGUGGAGGUGACCGAGGAGGCGGCAGGCGGGGAGGUGAACGAGUCAGUGGAGGCCGACCUGGAGCAUCCCGGGGUGGAGGAGGAGCAGCAGCAGCAGCAGCAGCCGGCGCCGCCGCCGCAGUUCGCGGGCCGCCCUCCGCAGGGACGCGCCGUCGACGACCCCCGCGCGCCGCCCGCGGGGCCGCAGGAGGAGGAGGAGCGCGGGGAGAGCCUGGCGCGCUCGGCCAGCACCGAGAGCGGCUUCCACAACCACACGGACACGGCCGAGGGCGACGUGAUCGCCGCGGCCCGCGACGGUGACGAGGCGGAGCGCGCGCAGGACCCCGAGGAUGAGAACGCGUACGCCGUGCAGUACCGGCCCGAGGCCGAGGAGUACACGGAGCAGGCCGAGGCCGAGCACGCCGAGGCCACGCAGCGCCGCGCGCUGCCCAACCACCUGCACUUCCACUCGCUGGAGCACGAGGAGGCCGUGAACGCCGCCUACUCGGGCUACGUGUACACGCACCGGCUCUUCCACCGCGGCGACGACGAGCCCUACGCCGAGCCCUACGCCGACUACGGGGGGCUGCAGGAACACGUGUACGAGGAGAUCGGGGACGCGCCCGAGCUGGACGCGCGCGACGGGCUGCGGCUGUACGCGCAGGAGCGCGACGAGGCGGCCGCCUACCGCCAGGAGGCCCUGGGCGCGCGGCUGCACCACUAUGACGAGCGCUCCGACGGCGAGUCCGACAGCCCCGAGAAAGAGGCCGAGUUCGCGCCCUACCCGCGCAUGGACAGCUACGAGCAGGAGGAGGACAUCGACCAGAUCGUGGCCGAGGUCAAGCAGAGCAUGAGCUCACAGAGCCUGGACAAGGCGGCCGAGGAGAUGCCCGAGGCUGAGCAGGACCUGGAGCGCGCUCCUACCCCCGGCGGGGGCCGCCCCGACAGCCCGGGCCUGCAGGCGCCCGCGGGGCAGCGGUCCACGGGCACCGGCGGCGGCGGUGAGGCCGUGCAGCGCUACAGCAAGGAGAAGAGGGAUGCCAUCUCGCUGGCCAUCAAGGACAUCAAAGAGGCCAUCGAGGAGGUGAAAACCAGGACCAUCCGUUCGCCUUACACCCCCGACGAGCCCAAAGAACCCAUCUGGGUCAUGCGCCAGGACAUUAGCCCCACCAGGGACUGUGAUGACCAGAGGCCGGCGGAUGGAGACACUCCAUCUCCAGGCAGCUCCUCACCCCUGGGCGCAGAGUCUUCAAGCACACCCCUUCAUUCCAGCGACCCCUCGGAGGCCUCCACCAACAAAGAGUCCAGAAAAAGCUUGGCUUCCUUCCCAACCUACGUUGAAGUUCCCGGACCUUGCGACCCAGAAGACUUGAUCGAUGGAAUCAUCUUUGCCGCCAACUACCUGGGCUCCACCCAGCUGCUCUCGGAUAAAACUCCCUCCAAAAACGUGCGCAUGAUGCAGGCCCAGGAAGCAGUGAGCAGGAUCAAGAUGGCCCAGAAAUUAGCCAAAAGCAGGAAGAAGGCUCCCGAAGGCGAGUCUCAGCCCAUGACCGAGGUGGAUCUCUUCAUUUCUACCCAGAGAAUCAAAGUGUUGAAUGCUGACACGCAGGAGACGAUGAUGGACCACCCUCUGAGGACCAUCUCCUACAUCGCCGACAUUGGCAACAUCGUGGUGCUGAUGGCCCGCCGGCGCAUGCCGCGCUCCAACUCCCAGGAGAACGUGGAGGCAUCGCACCCAUCCCAGGACAGCAAGAGGCAGUACAAGAUGAUCUGCCAUGUGUUCGAGUCUGAGGAUGCCCAGCUGAUCGCACAGUCCAUCGGGCAGGCAUUCAGUGUGGCGUACCAGGAGUUCCUCAGGGCCAACGGCAUCAACCCCGAGGACCUCAGCCAGAAGGAGUACAGCGACCUGCUCAACACCCAGGACAUGUACAACGAUGACCUGAUCCACUUCUCCAAGUCGGAGAACUGCAAAGAUGUCUUCAUCGAGAAACAGAAGGGAGAAAUCCUGGGUGUGGUGAUCGUGGAGUCCGGCUGGGGGUCCAUCCUGCCAACUGUGAUCAUCGCCAACAUGAUGCAUGGCGGGCCUGCCGAGAAGUCGGGGAAGCUCAACAUUGGGGACCAGAUCAUGUCCAUCAACGGCACCAGCCUAGUGGGCCUGCCUCUGUCCACCUGCCAGAGCAUUAUUAAGGGUUUGAAGAACCAGGCUCGGGUCAAGCUGAACAUCGUGCGGUGUCCCCCGGUGACCACUGUGCUUAUCAGGAGACCAGACCUCCGCUACCAGCUGGGCUUCAGUGUCCAGAAUGGAAUCAUCUGCAGCCUCAUGCGAGGAGGCAUCGCCGAGAGAGGAGGGGUCCGCGUGGGCCAUCGGAUCAUCGAGAUCAACGGGCAGAGUGUGGUGGCCACCCCCCACGAGAAGAUCGUCCACAUCCUCUCCAAUGCUGUGGGGGAGAUUCACAUGAAGACGAUGCCGGCUGCCAUGUACAGGCUGCUGACGGCGCAGGAGCAGCCCGUGUACAUCUGAGGCGCGCCGCAGCCGGGCGGCAUGCAUGGAGGGCUGUCCUCACUCGUGGUUGUGUUUCUCGUGCUGCAUCUGUGUGCCCACUGCGACAUUCCCCUCUCGUGCGGGGGGCGCCCGUGCCCCCGCAGAAGGAAAAGAAGCCACCAGGACCGCUGUGCGCUCCGGCUCUGCCUGUAGGCACAGCGCGGCGGCUUUUCCCCAUCCCUGGAGGACGGGAAAGAGCGACAGUCCACCCAGUUUCCACCCAGGGCCCUCCAGAAGGGCCUUUAGAAGUCCUGAGGAAGGGUGGACACUGUCCAAGCGGGGGACCGCCCUCCCAGAGGGCCGGGGGCACCGGGGGCGGGGAGGAAGCGGGCUCCCAGUGCCUGUCACCGGCACCGGCUGGUUGCAGGAUGGAGGCGGAGGCAGGCAGCCCCCAGGGAAGCUCUGCCCUGCCGUGGUGUGCUGGGGCUAGGUUAUUUCCACCCAGAGUUUCUGAGCCAACUUUAUGCCUCUCCUAGAGCAAGUUUUCCUUUCAACAUAUAUAUGUCUUCCAGUGUGAGUCUCUUCCUUCACCCGGGAGUGGAAAGCGGGGUGGGGGGGUCUGCCCUGCGCAAGGGCAGUCCAGUAUCCGCACCUGUCCUCGGCCGUCCGAGGUUUCCAGGUGUUAGACCCGGGCUGCAGUGCCACCUCCCACAUGGCACACACACAGACUUCCCCGCGUCUCCUGGCCCCGCCAUGCCCUCCCCCUGCACCACGCACACACUCCCCGGGACCCCCCCUGACCUCUGGGAGCCCCCUCCCAUGGCUCAUGAGCCCAUGGCGGUCGGUGGCGAAGCCUGGCCCUGUCAGCACCUCCUGUUGAAAAGAUAGCCCUCGUGGGUUCUCACACAUGCAUGCACGCACACGCAUGUGUGCACACACAGGCACAUGCAUCUGUGCGAACAUGGCCUGAUCCCCCCCAAGGAGCAGCUGGGGGCCCUGGUGGUCUGUUUCCUUGACAGAAGGCAGGACCAGCUUGCUUCUCCUCUCAAGGCCACUCUGCAGGAUGUAGCGUUGGGAAAGGCCAGGCACCAGGCUAAUAACCUCAGCGAUGCCUGGAAACCCCCAGGGUGUUCAGCAAACGCCUCUCCCCGCCAGGGCCUGAGCCUUGGUGGCUGGUGGAAUCAUCCCCUGUCUGCAUUCAGUGCCUCCCGUCGGCUUGGCCGUCCCAGCUCCGCUCAGCGCUCGCGUGUCUCGUGUCUGCAGGAGGCUUAUUCUGAGCCAGUUUCCUCCUCUUCUCCGGCCAAAGAGCACUUUUUCUUCACGUGGGUGGGGAGUGGCCUGGUUUGGUUUUGUCUUGUCCGCUUCGUGGCGUCAGUGGGGACCGGGGGAGACGCUCAGCUGCCCUGUCGUGCCCAUUUCGCCUUGUUCUCUGUGACCUCCUCCGGGUCUUUUGCCGUGUCUGUGGAACCAGGAGCGCGGGGAACCUGUCAGCUGUCUGCAUUUGUAUGUCAGGAGGGAUCUGUGGGGAGGGCAGAGGGGUAUGAAAAGAAAGCAGGAGACCCCCUCGCUUCUGUCUGGGUCAGGAAACCCAAAGGUCCUGGGGUGUUGGCAUCAAGAAUCUCCCGUUCUAGUAGGAGCUGUGGCAGCGAGGUUUCCCGGCUGCCCCCAGGUCCUCUCCUUCCGUGUGGCUUCUCCAGGGGAUCCAGAGUGGCCGGUCCAGUCCUACUGGACUUUUGAGCAGCCCCUGGGUCUGAUCCCCCCCAAACAAGCAGAGCCUGGCACCCGGCUGCCUGCUUACUGUCCCUGUGGGAGCCGUUCGGCUGAGUGUCUGGUCUUAGCAUGAAACACGAGUCAUGAGUCGACCUUUCCGCAGCCCCAAAGAGGGAAUGAAACCGGAUGGAGGCCUUGUUGUGGCAUUUCCGGUAUCAGGACCUAGGGGUCAGGGGAGACCCCCGAAGACCCACACAAAGUCCCGCCCUGGCACCCUGCUCGCCUCUGCAGCCCCAUGCGCCCCCUUCCCCACCCCUCAUCAUCUCAAUUCAUUUUGCCCAAAGUGGGAGGGGAAGGGACUAUCCUGUAUGUUACAGAUCCUAAGAUGUUUGGAAAGAACUGGGAAAAAAAACAAAAAAAAAAAGCCCCUGUGGCAAGCCCUCCCCGGAGACUGCCCUGUCUCGGGUGGUCUACCGAGUUUUCCAUUGCUUCAGAGCAGAGCUGUGUGCCCCUCCCCCGAAACCUCUGCCGUGCAGCGGGCGGGGCUGGACUCAGUCCAGGGCGAUGGGGACAUGGUUCGUUUUUUCUCGGUGCCCAGGUUCGUUUGAAGGCGUCGGCCCUGCCUGUGCUUCACAUCAACCCUGCAGCAACCACAUCGCUGCCUGGGCCCUGCAGGUCCGUGGGGGGAGCGGGGUCUGUUUCCUUCCGACCCCCACCAUCUCCGACACGAUGCUGGGAACAGGGGGGACAGUACAAAGCAGCCCCGCCUACCGCUACCCCCAGCCAGAGCGCCACACUUGCUGCUCGGCGGGGCGGGGACGCGCGGGGACUCGGGGACUCGGUCUCGGGACAGAUCCCUCUUCCCUUCGUCUUCCGUCGUGUGCAGCCAGGCUGUGCCAGGCCCCACCCGCCUUUGCCUUCUCAGCCGCGAGCAUUUCAGGGAGCCACCAUCAGCCUUGGGUUCACGCGAGGAAGAAACCCCCAGCGUCCGGCGCCUCGAGCCCCCCUUCCCAUCACCGAGAGCGGGCUUUGCGGAGGCUGGAGGCCCCCCACCUAGGGUUGGGGGGCUGGACCCCGAGCCUCUCCCCGCCCCCCCCCAUGGGUCAGCUUUCCAAACUGUGCCCAGCCCUGCAGCACUGGCCUCCCAGAGUCCCACAGUAACCUACUACCUCCCCGGUCGCUCCUGCCACCCCGCCCGCACCUCACGCCCUGUCCGCACACAAGGAAACACACCCACGGAGCCCUCCACGGGCCCUCCACCCAGUGGUGUGGCUGUUACUCAUGUUUACAACCGAGAGCCACCUCGGGGGAGUCUCGGAGACUCCCACCGACGAGGCCCCCGAGUGGUUGGAGCUCUGCGUGCGUCUGCUCUUUCCCCGCUGCCGCCGUGGCCCCCUGCCCGUGCGCGGUGCUCACGCUUGAGUUUCUGUCCCCGCGCACGCGCAUCGUGGAUACCCCAUUUCCCGUCCCUGCGUGCACCCCCACAGCGUGGAUACCCCGUUUCUUGUCCCUGAGUGGGUCCCCACGGCGUGGAUGCCCCGUUUUCCGUCCCUGCGUGCGCCCCCACGGCGUGGAUGCCCCGUUUCCCGUCCCUGCGUGCGCCCGCCCAGCGUGGGCUCUGUGUGUUACGUCCCACCCCCUCGAGGUCGUGCGUGGGGAGCGUGGGGAGGACACUUCGUGUACAUACUCAGCACAGUAUGACCUUGUACUAUUGUCCUGUAAAGGGGCUGAAAUAGAGCUUAUUGUAAAGCAAGCAUCGGGAGAAGUAGAGUAUUGUAUUUGUAACAAUAGCGUUCUUUGUAUACACAGAACUCGGUGAUCUCUAUAUAUAUGGAUAUAAAUAGAUAUAUAAAUAAAAGAGAUAUUCGGUGAGCCUGGAAUGUCGAUGCCGCACACCCACUGAAUGUACUUCCUUGCACAAUCCCCACGGCCCGCCCUCCCCUCCCGGGCACCGUGUCGGGGUUGUGAUGUACGUUAACAAUGUGCCCUCCUCCCUUAUUUAACUGAACGCUGAUGUCUGUAAGAGUUGCUGCCACAAAUAAACGAGAACUUCACCUCGUG